AGCAGUUUUGAGGGGCUUCUGGGAGAGAAACAUGGCGACGCCUAGUGCGAGACUUGCUGCGAGAAGGUUCUUUGAGAUGUCAGUGGCGCCGGGCCGCCUAAAUCGAACUUAUAGCACCUCCCACAGCUUUGCUAAAGUGCUACGGCUGCCGAAGAGACAGCUGAUGAAGCUAGUGUACCCACUGCAGGAACUGGAAGUGUACCUCGACCCGGACUCGAGGGCUGAUUUGCACCUAAGGAUUUUCGACCCUAGCCUGGAAGAGAUCGCGAGGGCGGAGAACGUCUUCGCUGCCGCUCCGAAGAACCGCAUCGAGUACCUCAGCUCUGCGGUCCACCUCAGCCACGCCCCGGGCUCCUCUCGGCCGGAAGUGUGUUUUAUAGGCAGAAGCAAUGUUGGAAAGUCCUCACUAAUAAAGGCUUUAUUUUCACUAGCCCCAGAAGUUGAAAUCAGAAUCUCCAAAACACCGGGGCACACAAAGAAAAUGAAUUUUUUCAAAGUUGGAAAAUAUUUCGUAUUGGUGGACAUGCCAGGUUACGGCUAUAGAGCACCUGAAGAUUUUGUUGACAUGGUAGAGACCUAUCUAAAAGAACGAAGGAAUUUGAAGAGAACAUUUUUACUAGUGGAUAGUGUUGUUGGAAUUACAGAAAAAGACAAAAUUGCCAUAGAAAUGUGUGAAGAAUUUGCAUUACCAUAUGUGAUGGUAUUAACAAAAAUUGAUAAAUCUUCCAAAGGACAUCUUUUAAAACAAAUACUUCAGAUCCAAAAAUUUGUUAACACAAAAACACAAGGAUGUUUUCCUCAGUUGUUUCCUGUAAGCGCUCUGACCUAUUCCGGAAUCGAUCUGUUGAAAUGCUUUAUAGUAAAUAUAACAGCAAAUCUUAACGGCUCCAACUUUAGAUGAAGUUUCAAAAUUCUUUUCACCAACUGGAGUUAAAUACCUAGAAGAAUUUUAGUAGUAUUUUAAAUGCUGUGUUUCUAAAAUUUGCACAGGGAUCACUAGAGCUUUAAGACCUGCAUCUUCCCAAAGCACGAUGAAUUUGUGCCUGGGAAGGGGGUGUAAGUAACUGAAUUAUGCUGUUCAUUGUAACAGAUACUAGUUGGCUUUCCUGUUUUAAUAAACUGACAAGAGCACACAAAAAGAAAACAAAACCUAUUACUACUAUGUAGAGAAAGGUUUGCCGUUUUAUUUAUUGGGCUUUUAACUUGAAAAUGUCUAUCAUUUUUUUUUUAAUAUUAAAAAGGACAAGUAAAAAGCUGUUUCUCUGUUAAACAGAUAGGUAAGUUGAAGAAUAAAAGCUCGUAUGUAUGCCUGUAA